GCGUUUGAGGCCAUCUAUAUUUCUUUGAUUUGAACAUCAGAUUGAGACACCCUUUUUUCCUCCUCUAAUUUGUCAUGUUGUCGUUGCCUUCGUCUUCCUCGUCUAUUUCCAGACACAAAUAUGAUGUUUUUUUGAGUUUUAGAGGUGAAGAUACCCGCAGAAAUUUUACAGAUCAUCUCUAUGAUGCUCUUCAACGCAGUGGAAUCGUCACUUUCAGGGAUGACCCGAAGCUGGAGGCCGGCGAAGAGAUUGCGCCAGAACUCUUUAAAGCCAUUCAACAAUCAUGGUGUUCGGUAAUCGUUUUCUCCAAAACCUACGCCUUUUCAAGUUGGUGUUUGGAGGAGCUUGCUGAGAUUGUUAAACAAAAAUCGGAAAAAGGUCAUAAAGUAUUUCCAAUUUUCUAUGAUGUGGAUCCGUCAGAUUUAAGGAAACAAAAGGAUAAAGUUGGAGAAGCAUUUGCCAAACACGAAGAGACAUACAAGGAAGAUCAACACAAGAUCCAAAGAUGGCGAAAUGCUUUGACUGAGGUUUCUAACAUCAAGGGAUGGCAUUUGAAUAACAAGCAUGAAUCUAAAUUCAUUGGAGAUAUUGUUAAAAAGAUCUCAGCAACAUUAUGUCAAACGUAUCCUGUUGUUCAUGAUAAGUUGGUCGGAAUUAGAUCCCGUUUGGAGGAGUUGUAUUCAAAAAUCGAUAUUGGAGAAGAUGAUGUCCGUAUUAUAGGAAUAUGUGGAAUGGGUGGCAUUGGUAAAACCACUCUUGCAAGAGUUGUUUACGACCAAAUGUCAUCUCAUUUUGAAGGUAAAAGCUUUCUUGCUGAUGUUCGAGAACAAUCAAACAAAAAGGGACUUGUUUCUUUACAGAAACAACUUCUUAAAGAAACCUUGUCCGAAGGAGGAUUCAAUAUAUUCAAUGUUGAUAAAGGAAAUGCAAUCAUCAGUCGUAGGUUGUCUUACAAAAAGGUUCUUGUUGUUAUCGAUGAUGUUGAUAACAGAAAACAUUUGGAACACUUGGUUGGAAGGCGUGAUUGGUUCGGUUCAGGCAGUAGGAUCAUUGUAACAACAAGAGAUGAACAUCUGCUCCGAUCUUAUCGAGUCGACUAUGUUUAUAAGCCUACAACAUUGAGUCCCAAUGAUGCACUUCGGCUUUUUAAUUUGAAAGCUUUCGAUAGUGAGACGGCGUUGGAAGAUGUUUUCAUUGAGCUUUCUAAACAUGUUGUACAUUACGCUGGUGGUCUUCCCUUAGCUCUUGAAGUGUUGGGUUCUUUUUUGUGUGGUAGAGAUGCAACUCAAUGGAGAAGUGCAAUUGAAAGACUUAAACGAGACUCCAACAAAGAAAUUCUUGAUAGACUUCGAAUCAGUUUUGAUGGAUUGGAAGAAAGGGAAAAGAAUAUAUUUCUUGAUAUCGCAUGCUUCUUCAAGGGGGAGGAGAAAGAUUUUGUAACCAAAGUGUUGGAUGGUUGUGAGUUUUUCCCAGAUAUUGGAAUCGAUGUUCUCGUUAAGAAAUCUCUAGUGUCAGUUGAGGGAGACAACAGAUUGUGGAUGCAUGACUUGCUACAAGAAAUGGGAAGAAAAAUUGUUUGGGAAAAAUCUAUUGAUGAACCUGGAAAGCGAUGCAGAUUGUGGGAUGAAAGGGACAUCCAACAUGUUCUAACAAGAAAAACUGCCACGGAACUGAUUGAAGCCAUGAUCAUCGACAAUCGAAGGGAAUCGAACAAGACUCUCAAUUUGAGUGUCGAUGCCUUCUUGAAGAUGAAAAGAUUGAGAUUGCUCAAAGUUCUUUGCUUCUCAAAUUGUGAUGGUCUCAAAUAUCUUUCUAAUGAGCUACGGCUUUUAGAUUGGAAAGGAUUUCCUUUAAGAUCUCUGCCCUCUGGCUUUCAACCGGACAACCUUGUUGCACUGCUCUUACAAUACAGUCGCAUUGAACAACUAUGGAAGGGAAACAGACCCUUGUACAAGUUGAAAGUGUUAAACCUCACAGGGUCCCCGAACCUGAUCAAGACUCCGGACUUCACAAUGACCCCAGAUCUUGAAGUUCUGAUCCUGGAAGGUUGUACAAAAAUAGUUGAUGUUCAUCCAUCCAUAGCAGAGCUUAAGAGGCUUCAAAGUUUGAAUUUGAGUGGCUGCAAACGUCUUAGGAAUCUUCCAACCAAAAUUGGAAUGGAAUCUCUUCAAACAUUCAUUCUUUCGGGUUGUUCAAAUCUUCUUUGGUUUCCAGAGAUUGAUUGCAAAAUGGAUUGUCUAAAAACUCUUGAUCUUUCCGGAUGUUAUAGAGUUGGAUUUUUGCCAGAGAGUUUGCAGCUAGCAGAGUUUUUGGAAGAGCUUGACUUGAGUGAAACGGCCAUAACAAAACCACCGUCCUUCAUUUUUCGACUUAAAAAUCUUAAAUUUCUGUCUUUCAAUGGGUGCAAGAGAUCUUCAUAUAAGUUUCGAAAAAAUCUACCUUCUCUCUUCAAAAACUUCCAAAGAGGAAAGACAAAUUCAAUGGCUCUGAUGUUGCCUUCGUUGUCGGGUUUGAGUUCAUUGACAAAGCUGAAACUAAGGGACUGCAAUCUUUGUGAAGGAGAUAUUCCUACUGAUAUUUAUUGUCUAUCCUCUUUGGUAAUCCUCAAUCUCAGCAGUAACAAUUUCAUCAGCCUACCUGAUUCUCUUACUCGACUUUCCAAGCUUAAAAAUCUUCAAUUGAUGAAUUGUCGGCGGCUGAAAUCAUUGCCUGAGCUUCCAACAAGUACAGUAAAUUUGAGCUUAGAUGAUUGUGCUUCUCUGGAACUAAUUGCUAAUCCAUCAAAAAUAUGCAAUUCAAGUUAUUUUUGGCAGAUUAUAGGUACCAACUGCCACAGAUUGGCUGAGAACAUCAAUGCAUUAACAUUGCUGAAAAAACAUCUCAAGGUAUUUGCACAUUCAAGAGAAAAAUUCGAUGUUAUUAUACCAGGAAGUGAAAUCCCGGAAUGGUUCAGCCAUCAAAGAGUCGACUCUUCAAUCAAGAUGCCACUGCCUCUCAAUAUUUGGAAUGAUAGUCAAUGGAUGGGAGUUGCUCUCUGCUGCAUUUUUGCCGGUGGUGAUUCUUCGGGGGAUGAGGAAAUCUGGUGUAAUUCUGUUAUCCAUUGUGGAGAACCUCGACGUUUUGGUGAGGUUCCCAUUCAUUUAGGGAAAAGUUUUAAUCAGCCCAUAAAAAAUGACCACUUUUUUCUUCGUUACUUGGGGCGUGACGUGUUAUAUCCAUAUUCCUUGGAGAAUGAAUGUGGUGAAAGUGAAACCGAGAAUACAUCAACACCGGAUUGCUCAAAUCAGGAAUGCUAUGAACUUGAAUUGUCAUUCAAAUAUGUUGCUCUUGGUAAAGGUGUUGGGGUGAAGAAAUGUGGGGUUCGGAUAGUGUAUGAGAAAGAUUUGGAAGAUGUCCAACUUACAACAGAGCAACACAUCAAUCAAAGUAGGGUACAAAUUGAAUGAAGACUCCACUAUUGAUGGACACAGAGACAGACAUGUUAAGAACCAUUAGGUACAAAUUGAAAAUGUAUUAGAGAUAAAAGAUACCCAUGUUCGAGAGGUGAUGACACCUCUUGUUGAUGUAGUCGCAAUCGAUGCAAGUUCAACUCUUGUUGAGUUCCACAAUUUGUGGGUGAUUCAUCAAUAUUCAAGGGUGCCUGCUUUUGAGCAGCGGAUUGACAAUAUAGUAGGUAUAGCAUAUGCUUUGGACCUACUAGAUUAUGUUCCAAAGGUGAGACGAUUUCUGCUCAUAAUAUUUUUAUAAUAUUUUUUCUUUAUUUCAUUGGUAAGUCUUUGCUUAUUGAUGCAUGCAACAAUAUCAUAUUGUGCAGAAUUAUGAUCUGUUUGAUUUUGAAGGGUGAACUGCUAGAAAGUACUACUGUGGCAGAUAUGGCUCAUA